AUGUCGCUGAAGGCAAUUUCGGCCGAUGAUGCCGCCUCCCUUGACAAGGACCUCAUGGACAUGGGCGGAUGGUCCCUCGACCAGUUGAUGGAGCUGGCAGGCCUCUCUGUUUCCCAGGCUGUGUGGAAAGUCCACCCUCUUAGUGCCGGAAAGAACGUUCUUGUGGUCUGCGGGCCAGGAAAUAAUGGCGGCGACGGUCUCGUAGCAGCCCGACACCUCGCCCAAUACGGCUACACGCCGUCCGUCUACUAUCCAAAACAAGGCAAAAAUGAGCUCUACCAGCGCCUCAGAACCCAGCUGCAGAACCUCGCCGUCCCCUUCAUCACGGACUUCUCAUCUGCUCUUAAAUCCACCGACUUCCUCGUUGAUGCUAUCUUCGGCUUCUCUUUCGGUGGACCAUUGCGCGACCCAUUCGGUUCUAUUGUCUCGCAGAUUGAGUCUGCCUCUGUUCCCGUUCUGAGUGUCGACGCACCCAGCUCGUGGGAUAUCCAGAGCGGUCCGCCGAAGGAGGGGCCGGGCGCGAAGUUCAUGCCUGCGGCGCUGAUUAGCUUGACGGCGCCGAAGCCGUGUGUCAAGUUCUAUCGGGGAAGACAUCUUAUUGGAGGGCGGUUUUUGUCGAAGGAUAUUACGGAUAAGUAUGGGCUUGACUGUCCGCAGUAUCCGGGAAUUGAUCAGGUUAUGGAGGUCGGUGUUGAUGCCGAGGGAAAGCUUUAA